GGGUAAGGAAGUGUUGGGGGCUGGAAUAGGCAGCUUCCCAACAACUCUUAAGUGUUUAAAGAAGAUAGGAAGACUUAUGAAGAUGGGAACGGUGCAAGAGGUAGGAAAAAAGACUUUCAAUCUUGGGUUCAGGGAGAAUGCAGAAGCAGCAGAACUAGGAGCAGCUCUGAGACUUAGGGAGCUGGAGCUGAAAGAAGAAUGGCAGGAGGAAGAAUUUCCUAGAUUGCUUCCUGAGGAGGUCUGUCCUUUUGAAGAACCUAAAGGCCCUAAACUUGAUGAGCUGCCUCAGACGGAGGAUCUGGGGGCCACUGAGGCAGCUGCAAGGCUGGGCUGGGGUUGUAUGUGGGAUGUGGCUGGAGAAGAUGGUCAUCACUGGAGGUCAUCACUGGUGUUCUGAACAGGACAGUGGGAGCAGAGAGUGGAUAUGACUGUCAUUGAGCCCUAUAAGAAAAAAGUCCUGUCUCAUGGAGGUUACCAUGGUGAUGGCCUCAAUGCUGUCAUCCUCUUUGCUUCCUGUUAUCUACCCAGAAGCAACACUCCCAACUACUCUUAUAUUAUGGAACACUUGUUUAAGUAUAUGGUGGGGAUUCUGGAGCUGCUGGUAGCUGAAAACUAUAUGCUUGUUCAUUUGAGUGGAGGUACAAGCAGGGCCCAAGUUCCACCUCUGAGCUGGAUACGCCAGUGUUACCAUACCCUGGAUCAGCGGCUCCGAAAGAACCUGAGAGCCCUGGUGGUUGUCCACGCUACAUGGUAUAUGAAGGCAUUUCUGGCACUGCUUCGGCCCUUCAUCAGUUCUAAAUUUACACGAAAGGUUCGUUUUCUGGACAGCCUGGGAGAAUUGGCCCAACUCAUCUCCCUGGAUCAAGUUCACAUCCCUGAAGCUGUCAGACAGUUGGACCAGGAUCUCCAUGGCUUCAGAGGGACCUAGCACAGGACUGGAGAAAGGGUCUGCCUAUACCCAAAUCUCUGAAACAUUUGAGCUACUUUGUAAAUCACCUUAUCCUCACCCCCCCAGGACCAUAGGAUGUUU